CCUUGCGCACCACCGUCGCUCUCAAGCCCAGUCAUCACUAUCAAUGGCAUCCCGGGAGAUCAUCAGUCUUCAGGUCGGACAGGCAGGUCGUCGCACCAGGCACACAGCGAGCGUGGAUUGACGCGCCGACGUGUUUGCAGGCGGGGAACCAGGUCGGGGAGGUCUUCUGGCAGGACGUGCUGGCCGAGCACGGGCUGGACCAGGCGGGGGUACGUCGCCUCCCACGCACCGCGCGCGCCGCGUGGCGAGUGUGCCGCUGUGCAUGCCACCGUCCCUCACGUGUGAUGGCAGAUCUACCACGGACGCGAUCCCGU